UGAUUAUAAUAUACCACCUAUUCAAUCUUAUAUUUUAUCAGAAAACGCUAUUAAUGAAUGGAAAGAAAUGUUGGGUCAAUAUUUAGGGCUUUUUAGACAAUAUUUAACACGUGUAUUUGUUCAUAAAAGAGCCUAUAAGUGUGUUUUUUCAGAAUCUAACGCAUAUCAAACAAUUAGUUCAUUAUUAGGUGAUUAUUGUUGGGGUGUAGAGUCAAGAAUUAGAACUAUUAAGCUUGUUAAAAAAGAACCCGUAAAGAAAGAAAAGAAAGAAGUCGAGAAAAAAGAAAAACCCAAAAAGGAAAAAAAGGAAACAAAUCCUAAAGUCGAAAAGGCUAGUAAAACUUGCCUUAUUGAUUUUAGCAGUCCAAACAUGGCAAAGCUAUUCCACGCAGAUCAUUUACGCAGUACAAUUAUUGGAAAUUUUGUUAGAAAUAUACAUGCAGCGAAUGGUUGGAAAACGAUUAGUAUAAAUUAUCUUGGCCUUUUAGCCAUUGGAUUUGAGAAAUAUGGAUCUGAGGAAGAAUUACUUAAAAAUCUAAUUAAACAUCUAUAUAACGUGUAUGUCAAAAUUAAUACUCGUGCUUAUUUCAAAAAAAUGGAAACUGGUGAUGAAUCCGCGCUUGCAUUAUGGAAAAGGUUUAAAAAUCUUAGUAUAGAAAGAUACAAAGAUACUUAUACUCGUCUUAACGUUAAUUUUGAUGUUUAUUCUGGUGAAUCACAAAUUAGUAAUGAAAGAAUCUCUCUUGCGUUGAAAAUACUCAAGGAGAAAAAUAUUGCUACGGAAUCAAAUAGUGCAAUAAUCGCAGAUUUAGGUGAAUAUAAAUUAGAUGUUGCGAUGAUUCAAAAAAAUAAUAGUACAACCUUAUAUAUUACUCGGGACAUUGGUGCUGCCAUGGAGCGAUAUGAACAAUACAAAUUUGAUGCCAUGUAUUAUGUCGUGGCAUCUCAACAAGACCUACACUUUAAGCAGCUUUUCAAAAUUUUAGAAUUGAUGGGCUGCGAAUGGGUUGAUCGUU